AUGGCACAUACAAUACUUUUAAUUCAGUCAGUUGCAAAACAUGAUUCGCGAUCAUGGUGUGAUUUUGAAACUACUCGAGAAUGUAUGGAAGCGGUAUGUAAGAUUUAUGAAGGACAUUUAAAAAAAGUGAAUCCAGAUUCAACAUCAAUCACUUAUGAUAUACAAAAUUUGUUUGAUUUUAUCGAUCGUUUGACAGAUUUAUCAUGUUUGGUAUGGGAAGAAUCAUUGAAAGCUUAUGCUCCUCAUAGCAAAGAUUGGAUUAAACAACAAAUUUAUCUGUUAUUAAGAGAAAUCGCUAAAAGCGCAUAA